AUGAUCACAGAAGCAACAUUCGAAGGCGAUCCGAUAAGAUGUUGCGAUUUUAAAAUUGGUAAAAGGUUCGGUAAAUGGCGAGUAACGAAUAAAUUGGACGAAGGUGGUUUUGGUCAAGUUUAUCGAGUUGAGAAUAUCUAUAAGAAAGGUGAAUAUGCAGCACUUAAAGCUGAACCAAACGAUAUUGAGGGUGGUUCGGCGAUUAAACUUGAGAUUAUGAUAUUGCAAUUCUUAAAUAAAGGAGGCGAUAAGCCGCACGUUAUGAGGGUUUAUCAUGCGGCGAAACAUCGCCGAUUCUGCUAUAUGAUUGUCACAUUGCUUGGCGAAAAUCUUAGAACACUUAAGUUGAACUGUCCAGAUGAGCGAAUGAGUAUAUCAACAUGGUCACGUAUUGGUAUUCAAUGCCUUUAUAGUAUAAAAUUAUUACAUGAUGUUGGCUUUGUGCAUCGCGAUAUAAAACCAGCCAAUUUUGUUAUGGGCGAUGAGCACGAUCCGGAUCGCGCCAGAUGUGUUCAUAUUCUUGAUUUUGGUCUUGCUAGAAAUUUUGCAUUCGAAAGAAAGAAAGGUGUUUGGGCGGCACGACGCGCUCGAGGAUCAGCUGAAUUCAGAGGUACCAUGCGAUAUUGCUCACCGACUGUACACGACAAAAAAGAGCAGGGUCGAAAGGACGACAUUUGGUCGUUAAUAUACAUGCUUAUCGAGUUACAUUGUGGAUUACCGUGGCAAAAAGAGAAAGAUAAGAAACGAUUGGAGCUCACGAAAAUGAACAUUAGCGACGAAGCACUCCUCAAAAACUUUCCUGUGGAAAUGCAUCCAAUUUUACCACAUCUACGGACUCUGAACUGUUACAAUCGGCCGAAUUAUUCGAUGAUUCAUAAAUGCUUUUUACGACUCAUAAAACGUUUGGGUAUAAAGUACAACGAUAAGUUCGAUUGGGAAACUGAUGCGCAAGUUGAAGACUUAGUUCGUUGCAUUUCAUUCGUUAAACUUUCAUUCAUCUGA